AGUGGAAAGUAAAAAUGGGGAGCUCAACUUUUUAUCUUUUCACUUGUAGAUUGAUACAAAGGAGUGGAAGCUAAUUCUGUAUCUGCUGGGAUGUGAGAUUUAAGGCAGGAGUGCUUUAAUGUUUAUAUGAACAUUGUCUGAAACAGAUAUGAUCAAGAAUUUGCAGAUUUUUUUUUACCAAAUGAUGGCAGAAAAGCUGCAUGAAAUUCGAUGGCUGUUCAAAGACAAUUAAAGUGCCCAAAAUCACAGUUGAAAUGUCAGAUUCAGUGUAAAUUUGUUCCCUAUAAACAGCCUUAUUAGCGUUUGUCCUGAGGGGGGCACCAGAGGAAAGAUUAUUUAGUUAAUAUACAUGAAGAAAAGGAUUUUUUUUUUUUAAUUUCUCCUUUCAUUUAUGUUAUUUUUGCCUUAAGUGUCUGGAAAGCUCACAUUAGGGUCUAAAACAAUUGCUAAAAUUUGACCUGACAGUCAAAACCAGGGAUAAUAUCAAGAUCCUGCAGCUACCAUGGCUGACGAGAAAAGACUGUCUGCAAGGCGUAAGCACACUCUGAAGAGCUGUAUGCUGGUGGUGGCUAAUAAUCUGCUGGAAGCUGAAGCAACAGCGAAGGCCGACGAGAGAGAGAAGUUCCUGGCAGACAAAAUUCCUCCUCUGGAGCUGCCGUACUCCAAGGACGAGCUUGUGGAACUCUGCCAGAAGCUUCAUAAGGAGAUUGACAUCAGUGAAGAGGAGAGAUACAGCAUUGAGUUUAAACUGAACCUGGUUCUCAAUGAGGUCAGAGACCUCAACAUCAAGAUUGUGGACCUGAGGGGAAAGUUCAAGAGACCCCGUCUGAAGAAAGUGCGUAUGUCUGCUGAUGCUAUGCUGAAAGCUCUGCUGGGCUCCAAGCACACAGUCAACAUGGACCUGAGAGCCAACCUGAAGCAGGUCAAGAAGGAGGUGAAAGAAGAGGACAAGCAGCUGCGCGAUGUGGGAGACUGGCGUAAGAACAUUGAAGACAAGUCUGAUAGGAAGAAGAUGUUUGAUAGUUAAAUGUGGUCUGUCAUUGAUUGUUGGCCUUAAGAGUGAUUUUCAAUUUUAAGGACAGAAAUCAGGUCUAAUGUCUUCUGUGUAACUGAAGAGUUUUAUUCCAAAAUGCUGCAUAUCCACCUUAAACUUUGACUUUUAUUGAACAGAUAAGACAUGAAAGUUGUGGUGAAUACCUUGGAUACUUUAACAACCAAAGGUACACGUCAGGAGAAAGAUUGUAGUGCUUUCUAAGCUUCUGGUAUGGUACAGUUAGUAUAUAUGGCCUUAAUCUCCUUAAUUGGUUAUAUCUAUUAAUUAUCCUUUUUUGCUUUAAAGCCGUGAUGUCACCUAGUGACUAGUUUCAGCUGUUUUCAGGCAUGAGCUGAGUUUUGUACUGUUUAAAUCUAGGAAAUCUGUAAUGUGAGCUGAGGUAGAUAAGGAAGGGUUGGAGUAGUUUUUUUGAGUUCUGUAGUUUUUGGAUAUCUCACAUUGGGACAAAACUCUUCAGUUAAAUCUAAGCUGCCUUCUGCUUCAGCCUGUAUUGACACUGUGCUGUGAUAUAUUUGUACUGUAUGAUAUCAGUUAGGACACGAGUGGUAAAUCAAACCUGCUUUUGUUUAUUUUAAGGCUGAUUUAUACUUCUGCAUCCAAUUGUCACCAUGUCUACAAAGUAUCCUCCUCAAACCUACACUAAUGUCUCUAUAGAAACACGGAUGAAUACACAAAAAGCUUAUACUGUCUUGAAAACGAGUCAAGAACCUUAAUCUGAUUUAUAAUGCAAUGAAUGCAAAUCUGUACUUUGGAAAUACACUACUGUAGACACAGAGUGUAGCCUGGCAAGCUAACGUCAAGAACCUUAAUCUGAUUUAUAAUGCAAUGAAUGCAAAUCUGUACUUUGGAAAUACACGACUGUAGACACAGAGUGCAGCCUGGCAAGCUAACGGUCAGUAAUGUUCACAGUUUUUUGACCCGUUCAGUUUUCUAGAGCCUAAACACAACGGUCACAUUGCUAGCAAACGACUCUUUGUAGAAGUAUAAUUCAGCCUAUAGUCUGUGCUAAACAGCAUCAUGUCAUCUUUUCUAUGUUCAAACAGAAAUGUGAUGUACUUUUCUCGUCUUGUUGCUGUCACAUUAAAUACAAAAGCUUCAUGUUCA